GCACUUUCCCGGAAGAACAACACCCGUCACAUUUUUAACCAAGACAGAAACGGCUAACGUUGCUACAAAACCUGCAAAAAACUUAAACAAACGUAGACAUUUGGCGCAUUUUCUAACGGGAGUUUUUUGUAAUACUUUCGCGUUGUGAGUAAAUCUUUACAGGUCGUAUUUGUACAUGUGGACGUGUUUGUUAUGGACAUGAUUCUUGCGGUGUUGUCAUUUAGCGCUAGCAUGCUAAGCUAGCUAACCCAUUCAAAAGAACACAACGAUAUUUGUAUAAAAAUAUGAAUUAGAUGCGGUAUUUUCAUUGUGACUGGGGGCCUAUUUCGGUGCUGUACCUACAAAGUUUUCUCGGAGCAAUAUAUGACAUAAAUUUACCUCAGAAAAAUGAGUCUAGCCCCUAAAGAACUGUCAAAUCUGCUGAGCAUCAUUUCGGAGGAGGCGUGCACGAACACGUUUGAGAGCCUGUCCACGCAUUUCCACCAUUAUUUCGGGAAAGGGGAGCAUUUUAGGGUUGGGUCGGUGCUGGUAAUGCUUCUGCAGCAGCCGGAUCUCCUUCCUAGCUCGGCCCAGCGUCUUACAGCUCUGUAUCUGCUCUGGGAAAUGUACCGAACCGAGCCGAUGGCCGCUAACCCGUUUGCCGCUGUGUUUGCGCACCUGCUCAACCCUGCGCCACACGGAGAAGAGCACGAAAAAGUCCUGUCUGGCUUCCUUCCUCCCAUCACGCAGGCGGAGAAGUUCUUCCUGUCUCAGCUGAUGUUGGCUCCUCCUCGGGACCUGUUUAAGAAGACGCCCAGGCAGGUGUCGUGUUUGGACGUGGGCACGGCUCCUCAGAGCAUCGACAUCAGUGGACUGCAGCUCGCCCUGGCAGAGCGUCAGUCAGAGCUGCCCACUCAGAGCAAGGCCAGUUUCCCAAGUAUCCUCAACGACCCCGAUCCGGACUCGUCAAACUCCGGCUUCGACAGUUCAGUGGCCAAUCAGAUCAUCGAGUCCCUGGUGACUGGACCACGCCCCCCACUGGAGAGUCACUUCCGCCCUGAGCUGAUCCGCCCCCCUCCCCCUCUGCACGUGUGCGAGGACGAGCUGGCCUGGCUCAACCCCACGGAGCCGGAGCACAGCAUCCAAUGGGAUCGUUCCAUGUGCGUGAAGAACAGCACCGGAGUGGAAAUCAAACGGAUCAUGGCCAAAGCCUUCAAGAGUCCCCUGUCAGCACAGCAACAGUCCCAGUUACUGGCGGAGCUGGAGAAGGACCCAAAGCUGGUGUACCACAUCGGCCUGUCCCCGUCGAAGCUCCCCGACCUGGUGGAGAACAACCCCCUGGUCGCCAUAGAGAUGCUGCUCAAACUGAUGCCGAGCAGUCAGAUCACAGAGUACUUCUCUGUGCUGGUCAACAUGGACAUGUCUCUGCACAGCAUGGAGGUCGUCAACAGGCUAACUACAGCCGUGGAUCUGCCUCCAGAGUUCAUCCACCUGUACAUCUCCAACUGCAUCUCCACCUGUGAACAGAUCAAGGACAAGUACAUGCAGAAUCGUCUGGUGCGUCUCGUGUGCGUCUUCCUCCAGUCUUUGAUCCGAAACAAAAUCAUAAAUGUUCAGGACUUGUUUAUCGAGGUCCAGGCGUUUUGUAUCGAGUUCAGUCGGAUCCGAGAGGCUGCGGGACUGUUCCGACUGCUCAAGACGCUGGACACCGGAGAGAGUCCUGCCGACGCAAAACCUCCGAAAUAACAAUGGACUGUCCCCAAACAUGAACUAAAUAUGUACAAAUGUCCCACGCCUCACCACAUAAACCUGUGCUUUUUAAAACUUACUUUUCCCUUUUCCAAUGAAAUGUUUGGAUUUCAUUAAAUAUUUUCAGUUAAAUGA